CGUAAAAUAUUUUCAAUUCGUAUUAAUACAGUCUGUCAAACACAGUGCAACAUUGUGCGUUAUCCUCUAUCAAAUAUAAUUUUUUCUCUUGAACAAAUUAAUUCUAUGUCUUCAGAAGCGAGCGAACCCCAUCGUGACAUUGAGAUUCACGGAAGACCAUCAUACAAUCCAGCUCUUAAUGAUUUCCCAACAUGCAGAUCCAGAACUUCGAGUCCUAAACGUUAUAAAGAAGAUAUGAUGGAAUCUGGAAGAAAAUCGCCUUGCGAAGACGAGGUUCUAGCAGAAGAUCCUCUGGAUGAUCCAAUAGAAAAAACACUACAUGAAAAAGAUGAAAAACCACUGCAAGAUAAACUUCUAGGGCAAAUUCAGAGCUUCAUAACAACUAACAAAAUAUGUGCGAUUUUGAUAGGUAUAGUUCUUUUUUAUCUUUGCAACGGCACGGAAAAUGAUAGAAAUGACUGCUCCAAUCACCUACAGAUGCUAAAAAAUAAAUACCCUAACCAAGAUCCUCUUUUUUGGGGUACUAUCGAUUACGGCAUAAAAGAUGUUAUUAAUAAUUCUCGUCCAAGUGUUAUAACAUUCCUCUACAACGACACAAAAUCCCUGGAGAUAUUCAAUGCUACUGUGGAACUUACCAAGAACUGCAUACCGCAAUCGAAGGAACCAAUUGUGCUGUCGAGUAAGGAGCUAAAUAAUAAAAAUGUCCAAAAAGACUAUGGUAUAAUUUUUGAAGAAUACAAAUCGGAGCUAUUAGAAAGGCGAAUAAUGCAUAUUGAAGAUCUCCAAAUUAUAUCUGCACAGUCAUCGAGAGUCUUUCAUGAUUUCUGCGAUAUGGAAAAUCCAAUCGUGAUUUACUUUACCCUUUAUUACUCGAAGGAAGACCAAGAGUCUUCAAGAAAUGCUGAAGAAUUGGCUAGCAAUUUGCUAAAACAAAUCUGGUCAACAGAAUUAGACGACAAUAUCGCCUCGGCUUUGAUCACAAGAGUAACUGAACAGACUUUGUUCCUGAAAGCCCCUUGAUAUACCAUUCAGCUCUCGUGUAACAGAUUAAUAUGAUAAUUAAAAGACUCAAAAAGUGA